AUGCCCUCCCGAACCCCGAUCUCCCCCCGCCUGCGCAUCACGCUGUGCAUCGAGUGCUCUGGCAUCCACCGACCACCGAUCUCCACCCGUUCCCUCCGCCUGGGCAUCACGCUCUGCAUCGAGUGCUCCGGCAUCCACCGGAGCCUGGGGGUCCAUUUCUCCAAGGUUCGCUCCCUGACGCUCGACUCCUGGGAGCCGGAGCUCGUCAAGCUGAUGUGCGAACUGGGGAACGGAGCCUUGAACCGCAUUUACGAGGCGCGUGUGGACGAGAUGACAGUCAAGAGACCCCAACCCGGCUGCUCCCGGGCGGAGAAGGAGAGCUGGAUCCGGGCCAAGUACGUCGAGAAGAAAUUCAUCACCAAGUUGCCGGAGGCGCGGCUGAGCCGGGGGGGCCGCCGGGGCCCCUCGGACCGGGACCGGCCCCUCCGGCCCCCCCUCAAGCCCAAACCGGGCAGCGUUGGCCGGGCUGCAGCUCCGGAGCUGGGGGAGGCCGGCCCCCCCCCCGAAGAUCUGCGCAGCCUCCACCCGGGGGCGCUGCUCUACUGGGCCGCCGGCCACCAGAACCUGCCCACCAUGGCCGACGCCCUGGCCCACGGCGCCGACGUCAACUGGGUCAACGCCGCCGAGGAGAGCCGGACCCCCCUGCUGCGGGCCGUGGCUGUGAACUCCCUGCUGGCCUGCGAGUUCCUGCUGCAGAACGGAGCCAACGUCAACCAGGCGGACAGCGCCGGGCGCGGGCCCCUGCACCACGCCACCAUCCUGGGCCACACCGGGCUGGCCUGCCUGUUCCUCAAGCGGGGGGCCAACCUGAACGCGGUCGACGCGGAGGGGAAGGACCCGCUCUCCAUCGCCAUAGACACGGCCAACGCUGACAUCGUCACCCUGCUGCGGCUGGCCAAGAUGCGGGAGGCGGAGGUCGCGCAGGGACAGUCAGGCGACGAGACCUACCUCGACAUCUUCCGGGACUUCUCCCUGAUGGCGUCCGACAACCCCGAGAAGUUGACCCGCCGGGACCUGAAACUCACCACCCUCUAGCACCCCCCCCCGAGGAGGGGGGGCGCCGCCGAGCCACUGUCCCCUUGUGUGUGCGCGGGGGGGGGGGAAUCCCCUCCCCCACUCCUGGCUCCUCCCCCUUCCCCGGCUGGGAGGGGCAGUGAAGCAGCAGGGACUCCCCCCGCCCCCACCCCUGGGCUCCUUUGUUAAUGACCAUAAUCCCCCCCCCCCAACCCCGUUCUUCUGCUGCUUUGAUGUGACUCUUGGGUACGGGGGCCGGAGGGGCCGAUCUCCUCUUCUGCCCCCCAUCACAGGCCCCCAGAUCGCCCCCCUCAUUGCAAGGCAGGGGCUUCUCCCUCCGCCCACCUCCACUAUGGGGAGGGGCUUCUCCCUAGCCCCCCUUGUGGCCCCCAGAUCCCCCCCCCCGUUUAUGGGGCAGGGGCUAACCCCAUAUCCCCACCCUCCUAUUUAUUGUUUCUGUGGGACCAUCCUCCCUGUUCGUUGUUUUGACCCCCCCCCCAUGUACACGCAUGUGGCCCCCGUCCUCUGGUUCCUGUGGGGGGGGCAUCUUUGAAUGGAAGGGAAGGGGGAUCCCUCCACCCCGGGAGAGCAGCGGGAGAUCCGGGCAUCUGUACAAAGCUGGCAUGCAAUAAACAGACCAGAC